ACAAAUAUGUGAUUGUGUAGCUUAAAGUACACAACUCUACCUGGGCAUGCUGGGAAAAAUACAAGAGUCACGAGGUAUAUACUGAUAUAGGUAAAGUGACGCAGUAAGCUAGUUAAUUGAAUGCUUAAAGAUGAAGGUAUGUGCAACGCUCAUCCAAAGCGGUCGGAAAAUAUACAAGUUCUGUCCAAGAUGGGGCCGAGACGCCUUAUAUCACAGACACCAAAACAACGACGUGAGACGAUAUUUAGCAAUGGUAGGCUGUUCUGACGUGAGGCAAUAUUCGACUAUGGUGGACAGUUAUGAUGACAAAUUUGGAAGUGGCAUGUAUGCAGCUAACGGCUACUCUUUGUACCUCAGUCAGGCAACAAUCCUUGAUUGCGUCGAGCGGAUAUGCAAACGGCAGAGUGCGCAUGUACCCAUUACGGUAGCGGAUUUCGGAACAGCAGACGGGCGUACGUCCCUACAGCUACUCAACAAUGUUAUCGCCACAACACAAGAGCUGUCUGGGGUGGCUAAGCCUGUCAUGAUAUAUCAUGAGGACCAGACCAACAAUGACUUUACCUUGCUGUAUCGGGUUAUUCAAGGUACAGAAGACGAAGGACAAGGUGGGCUCAAGCUGUCGUCUAAUGUUUUCCAGGCUGCUGUUGGGAGGUCAAUGUAUGAGCAAUGCCUCCCAAACAACUCCGUGGAUAUAUCAUUCUCAUCUAUAGCAGUGCAUAACUUGUCCAGAAGACCUUGUCGAAUAGAGGGUGGAGUUUCAUCCUGUGACGGUACUGAGAAGGAAAAGACGAAAAUAAAAGAACAGUCGGCUCGGGAUUGGGAGCAAUUCGUGUACAUGAGAGGAAAAGAACUCAGUCCAGGUGGCUAUUUAGUGGUACUGAACCUUGGAGCUGACAAAGACGGUAAAGGCGUUUCUCCAAUAAAGGGAGGAUAUCCACAACUCGGGAAAUUACUUAGUAAAAUGCUUCAUGAUGGUCUUAUUACACAGGAGGAAUUCCUUGACGCGAACUUUGAUGUGGACAUAUACAGAACUGAGGAAGACCACAGCCGCCCGUUUACACAGGGGGACAGGCUGACGCAGAUGGGUCUGGAACUGGUAUCGGUUCGCUCAUUCACCAACUGGCUGGAGCAUCACACGUUCGACAUCGUACAUAAAGACGAAGCUACCAAGGCAGAGUAUGCCGAGAGGGUGGUGGCAGGUAUAAAACCGUGGUUCUACCAUGUGAUCUACAACGGGUUAUCGAAAACGAGGCCACUGGAGGAAAGAACGCGACUGACAGAUCUCUACUUCGAUAGGAUGAGGGCAUUUGCCCAUGACAACCAUGGCGGCAAGACUCAAAUACCAUUGGUUGAGACGGUUGUCAGGAAACGCCUCUAACGGGACCUUGCAUAUAUUGAAAUACUAAACAUGUAUCAAAAGUAUAAUAUCAUAAGCAGUUCCUCCCCCCCCCCUCUUAUUUUAAUAAAACACCUUUGUUUGUAAAUUAUAGAAAUAAAGCCGAUGUGAAUACCAUUUAUUUUUCAAAAUCAAAAGAUGUGGUCUUUGUACCCACCAUUGAAUAUUUAUUUGGUCAAUGAAUUAGUUUUUUUCUAUACUUUCCUGUUACUUCUUUGUCUCUAAUCAUUUGAAAACAAGGGGACCAAGGAACCUCACAUGAAAUUAGAGCACUUUAAAAACACAAAAUGGUCACCUUUCAACAACUUUAUUGUCUAAGAAGCACUUGGAUUUGGCAUCAGGCAAAACUUUUAUUUACCAUCUCUAAUGGAUUCUAGUAAUCUUAGUAUGGUUUUAGUUAUGCAUACUGAUUUACAUAAAUGUAAUUUUAAAGUGGUUUUGGUGUCAAGUCCACAAAAUGAUAAAAUGCGAAAAAACGCAUUUGUUUCUGCAUGAUUAAGUUAAAGCAUCACUCCUUGAUCUCUAAUAAAUGUAUAAACACAAUUAGAAGGUUGUGAGGUGUAUACUUUUGGACUUACAAGCUUUAAACUAAGCUGAAAACUUACCCCAACAACUUUUAUUUAGUCCGAGUUGUAUAUCCUGCAACAAUACACGAGUCAAAAGUCAUUAUUUCUAUUCUACCAUGUACUAUUUAGUUCCGAGAUCUACCUCUUCCUAAUAGAAAAACGACAACGAAACCCCGGGAAAUGUGUCGCUAUAUGGCUGUUACAAUUCACAAGAAACGACAAGGCGGGCGUGCUAAUGAAUAUUCAAAAGCUGACGUCAAUCCCAAGCCGGUUGACGGCAACGUUGCGAGAACUUUCGGGGAUGUCGGCCAGCAAUUAAUGUAGAGAUGCUCCCCAAAGGUUGACUGUAGAAAUUGACCUUAUAAUAUAUAAUUUAGCAAAGUCUGCUCUGGGUGGAUAGAAAUUAACAAUCUCGCAAAUUUCUCCGUAGAGAUGCUUCCCAAAGGUUGCCUGUGGAAAUUGACCUUAUAAUAUAUAAUUUAUCAAAGUCUGCUCUUGGUGGAUAGAAAUUAACAAUCUCGCAAAUUUCUCCGUUGUAAAAUACACAGUCUCCGACGUUCAAACAUUGUGGCGCCGCCAUGUUUGUUUACAAAUGCACGAUUUUUGAGGGGAAAGAUUGUUACAGCGUGUAUUAGUGACACGAGUGUGUGUUACUGGCAAAUAAUACACGGUUUUAAACCAAUCAAAACUGGCGUUGCAAAGCAAACGUUGUAGAAUAGAAAUUAUAUGCGGCUCACCAUAUUCUGAAAAUCCAAAUAUCCUUAAAUGAAAACGUCUGCUGAAUAUUUGUAACGUCUAACUUACUGUUUGAACAAUCUAGCAAAAUUAUAAGAAAAGUGAUGUUAUUGAUUUGAAAAUAGUACAUUUACAUGUAUUAAAGCAGAAUGUAUAAUAUAUAUAUGUGUACACGUGUAGUUACUUGGAUUAUGUAUGAUCUGUAUGUAUCAAUCCUGUCAUGCUCACUUCUUUUGUCACAAAUGUCCUUAUGAAUCAAUAAAGAUCUUGAAAAAAACCA